AUGCGAAUCCUGUUGUUCGCUUUGAUAUUUGGGCAAGUACACCUAGAAAAAAUCGAUGAUUCCAUUCAUUAUUAUUUGACAUUCACAAACGAUGCUUCAAAAUUGAAAGUUACACCUCUCACUGACGAAAAAAUUAGCGAAUCCGAUGAUCUUUUGAAGAUCACAACCAGAAAUAAUGAGCGAUUUGUGUGCAAAUUGCCGCAACUUGAGUCGACAAAAGUGGAUCACACAGAAUACAAAGGCAAAAAUCCAGAGCAGUUGCUACAAAUUUUACACAAUGACAAUAUCUGUUCAUAUUUAAUCGAUGUUUAUUGGACGUACGAGGUUUGUCAUGGAAAAUACGUGUCGCAAUAUCAUGAAGAUCGCGCUUUAAAUUCCGCUGAAAGACAAGAAUUCUAUCUAGGAAGUUGGCAUUUCGAUUACACUUCGAGAAAAAGCUCACUGGAAAUGAACAAUCCGCCAAAGAAGAGGAUUGAAAAUGAGGAUUAUCCUUAUUAUUCAGAAAGCUAUACGAAAGGAACAACUUGUGAUAUUACGGGAAAGCCUAGAACAACUGAUGUGAUUUAUAUAUGCGUAGAGAAUAUUCAACAUAAAAUUCUAUCAGUAACGGAGGUUUCGUCUUGCCAUUAUGAGGUCUUAAUAAUGACAGAGCUUCUUUGCGAACAUCCUGCUUAUCGUUUAACAAAACAAAAAGAUCAUGAAAUUACGUGCUGGAAUCUCGAUGCGAAAGACGAAGAAAGCGCAAAGCCGCGGGCUCUUCAAAGACUUGAUGAAUUUCAUAGUUCGACGUUUAAAAGAGAAUACGCGAUAAUCGACGAUGGCACAAAAGAUACUGCGGACGAGGAGGUUGAAGAGCCUGAAACGAUCGAUGAAAUGGAAUACGAAGAAAUUCAAAAAAAUGAAGGUCCCGAGGUUCAAUUCAAACUUGGAGGGAAGAAAAGAUUUGUCGGCAAAGACACACUAGCGAACAAUCCGUCAGUAGUUCAGCACACGGUUAACUCAUUAUUGACGGGAGAGGAUUGUCUCACCGGCGGCACCGGCUUCUGGCAGUACGAAUUUUGUUUUGGCAAGCAUGUUGUGCAAUAUCAUGAAGAUGCGAAAGGGCAUCGCAUAAGCGUUCUUCUAGGUGUAUUCGACGAGGCUGUUCACAAUCUUUGGGUUCAAGAGCAGCCAAUGCUCAGAGGACCGCGAAAAAUUGACAAUCAUAUUACUCAAAUUACGCAUCUUUAUUCGAAAGGCGAUUUUUGCGAAGAAGCUGGUGGCCAUCGAAGUGUCGAAGUUCGACUGAGAUGCCUUCAUUCGGAAUACAGCGCGUUGGCGGUUUCGCUGAUGCUUAGCGAGCCGAAGACAUGCGAAUAUGUGCUCACUGUGGACAGCGAGCGAUUCUGCGAGCCACUCCAAUACGCCGACGACAAUGGGCUCAUCAAACUGGAACGAGUCGAGCCGACAGAUGAAGAGACCGAAGAGGACACCACAAUACGAUCUGUUCAUCAGGAAUUUUGA